GGAAUUGCCCGAGUGGUCAUGUGAUACACGAAUGUUGCUGCUGCACCCUCUGUUUUCGAAAUAACAAUGUUGAGUUAGCUCCGUGUUCUUCUGUAUGCUUCCAGGGAGAGUCCCUUUAUUUGAUCCCGCAAGAUGCAGAACGUCAUUAACACGGUAAAAGGAACGGCUCUCGGAGUGGCCGAGUUUCUCACGCCAGUGCUCAAGGAAUCAAAAUUUAAAGAAACUGGAGUCAUCACACCAGAAGAGUUUGUAGCCGCUGGGGAUCACUUAGUUCAUCACUGCCCCACUUGGAAAUGGGCCACUGGGGAAGAGGUGAAAGUAAAGCCGUAUUUGCCCUCGGAUAAACAGUUUCUCUUGACACGCAAUGUUCCCUGUCACAAGCGCUGUAAACAGAUGGAAUACUCAGACGAGUUGGAGGCCAUCAUAGAGGAGGAUGAUGGAGACGGGGGAUGGGUGGACACUUACCAUAAUGCAGGUGUAUUAGGUGUCACUGAUGCUGUACAGGAAAUUUCACUGGACAAUAACAAGGACAAGAAUAUGAAUAGCACAUCUGCAGAGUGUUGUGAUGAUGGUGAAGAUGACGAAGAUGGUGAGGCAGCAGAUAUGGAAGAAUAUGAGGAAAGCGGCUUACUGGAAACGGAUGAGGCAACCCUGGACACCAGUAAAAUGGUGCAAGCCAAAGUGAAAGCAGAGCCCGGGAGUGAAGACGCCAUCCUUCAGACGAGAACAUACGACCUGUACAUCACGUACGAUAAAUACUACCAGACGCCUCGACUCUGGCUGUUUGGAUAUGAUGAGGACAGGCAGCCUCUGACUGUGGAACAAAUGUAUGAAGACAUCAGCCAGGACCACGUGAAGAAGACGGUCACCAUUGAGAACCAUCCAAAUCUUCCUCCGCCAGCCAUGUGCUCUGUCCAUCCCUGCAGACACGCGGAAGUGAUGAAAAAGAUCAUCGAGACUGUGGCCGAAGGAGGCAAUGAACUUGGAGUGCACAUGUAUCUUCUCAUUUUUCUCAAGUUUGUCCAGGCUGUCAUUCCCACAAUAGAAUACGACUACACAAGACACUUCACCAUGUAGAAAUACUGAUUGUGCAAAAUCCCUUAUUCUGCCGCUGUCCUAUAUGAUCUGAUUUGGCGACAAGGGGAUGUUUGUCUCAUUUUGAAACACUUGGCACCUGGCAACAAAAUGUGCAUCCUAAAUGCAAAUAUGUUUUCAGUGAGAAAGGAAAAACUCAUCUAGUUCUCAAAUGUGAUGUUUUGUCUCAAGGCGGAAACAAUUGAAGCCUUGCACAUUCGUAACUGUAACUUUCGAUCAAUAUCGUAACAGUGGGAAAAGGCUUAGGCACUCUGUCCUAAGCAAGGCUACAUCGUCAAUGCUUUACGGAAGCGCUUGUCCUUACUGAUCGACCGCAUACAAAGUCAUAUUCCAGCAUACAAAGUCAUAUUCCAUUGUUGUAUUGUACCUCUGAUUUCAUGUCAUCCAUACUCUGCUACUUUCAGUUCACCGUAUUUUGGGGACUGUCUGCCACUUAUGCUAAAGCAGUUUAGCCUACCGGUAUUCAGUAUGUCAUGUUUACAUUAGCACUGAGGCGGAACCAAAAAAGGACCCUGAAAUCAAAGCCAACACGGUGACAAAAUUGUUGGUACCCUUUUGUGUAACAAACAACUAGCUAAAACUGUCACUGAAAAUCUUGCAACUGAUCCAACAAUACAGAAAUGAUGGAUAAUUAAUUAGACAAAAGAAGAUGCAAGAAUAAUGCUUUGGAGCUAAAACCUGUGGCUGCUUGUGCAACAGUAUUUUAAACUAAAGUUUGUUUUUAAAGUAAUUCUCCUUGAACAUGAAAAUAAAGCAAGGCUGGAUUUUUAGUUGUUGGUCAUUUCAAUGAUCUGUUUUUCUUUUUCUCAAUUAAUGCAAGGGUGCCAACAAUUUUGUCCAUGUGUGAAGCUCCUAAAGAAAGCAUCUUUGGAAUACUAUUGCCUGGUUUACAAAAGCUUUAUUUCCUUCAUACGGUUGUUUAUGGUACACAAGUUUGUUUUCAAUGCCAUAUUGAAAGAAUGUCAAAAUAACCUUGUUGUUGUUGUUGUCCGACCUUGGCGUAAACUUGAACUCAAAGGAAACGGGAUUUAGUCCAAACGAUUGACAUUACAUAACUUUCAACUAACUGAGGGAACUAAAGAGUUCAUACAAAUUUCAACUUGUGCAGAUCUUUGGCUUUCUGUACAGCAUCACUAUCAUGCUUCACUGGGACAGAGUUGAUUAUUAUACAGGAUACAGUUCUAGCGAGAAGUGGCCCCAAUUAAAAAAAAAAACUGCCAUUUUGUCUUAAUACUAUGAAUGUGUUGAUGGUCCUUUAGCAGUUGGCUGAAAUAUGUAUUUUUUGUUUGUGUCUGUUUGAUUGUUUGUUUAUAUAACAUCAUUGCGCAUUUUCUUGCCCAGCAGCUUGUGUGGUUAACUUGGCAACAAACAAAGUCUUUGUGGCACAUUGUGUAAAAUAAAAUAAUAUAUACAGUACCUGA